CAUUUGAUUUCGUUUCGCAAUCCAGCUGCAAAGUCAAAAGUGAACGUGAUAGCUAGAGGAACUUUGAAAAUGUCUGGAUCAAUAGGCAGUAGGCCUUAAUAGAGGAACUUAUAUAUCAGUGAGGUAGUCACCAAGUACUACAAGGAGACCCUCACCUCAAAUGGCUGUUCAUGGGACAAUAAACCCAGCAAACAAAUUUUAAAGUUUUUUAACCUGAGAAGGAUUUCCUUACCUAGUCAAAAUGGACAAUUCUAUGACAAAAACAAUAACAGCAGACAAACAGCUGGAUAAAGAAUUCUUCAGUCCUCCAAAUCCUCGAGGAGAGAGACACUUUCUUCUUGAAUGUCCACCGAUAGGAAUUGCCUUGAUUUUGGCAUCUGGUCUGUUGGCCUACAGAAUAAAGAGGUAUCCAGUGAUGAAAGCCAAGGGACAUGACAUGCAAAUUUAUCUCUACACAACUAGAGUGAUUGUCUGCGGCACGAUUUCUGCUAUAGCUGCUCUGACUGUUACUAGUGCAAAAAUGCUGGAUGGGUCUACAAGCAGUAGACCUCUUUAUAUGCGUGACCAUACACCACGGAAGCUACCCAACCAGAAACUGAAACCAAUGACCGAAAACCCCAUGGUCCUUAUCAAAACAAACAUCCUAGAACAGGUUCUUCUUAAAAAAUUCAAUGCAGAAGUUGAAGUUGAAUGAAACCUCUAUACAUGUAUUUGAACAUACUGGUUACUGAAGGCUGCUUGUAAAUGCAUAGUCCUUGAGUGUUUUACCCUACUGAAAUGAAUUCCAGUCAAAAUUAAUUCCUAAAGAAUAUAAAUUUUAUUGUGUUAUUUUGACUACAAUGGUGGAGGUUUCAUGAAAACAAGUAAAUUUUGGCUCCACACAGCAGAUUUUAAUUUGUAUUUAGAAUAGAGACAUACCAUGUCAUCAAUUUUAUGUAAAUUCAUUUACAUUUUGUUGAAAUUUUGAAAUCAAUUAAUGAAUGCCCAGGUAGGGUUCCUAUGGCCCUGUAAGUUUUGCUUUACUGAUAAUUAUACUAAGGGUAUAUUGAAAAAAAUGUUUUAAUAUACCAAAAGGUUAAGUUAUAUAAUCAUGCUCAUUACCUGGAGCUUGGUCAUCUUUGUAUAUGUCCAAGCUCAUACAGUUACUUAUAGGUCAUUCUGUGAGCUAGGUAAGAUGUGAAUAUAUAUGGCUCGUUAUUAUUGCUUUAUAAACUAAUGGCAAUUGAAAUUGCUGGAUCAUUUUGUUUUCUAAUGAAAUAAUAAAAAAAUAUCCUGAUAGCGUACACAAUAAACAAUCAUCUGUAUAAAUCGCAUAUGAUAAAAUAUCUUCUCUAUUCUAGCUCUCUCACAAAUUUGAUAGCUUUUUAAAGGAAGGAUUUUUCUGUGCCAAGUACGAUGCCAUUAUAUAGUUAAAACGUUUGGGAUUGAUACAAUAGGUCGCUAUGGACAGGGGGUCGUUAUAUACAGGUGGUCAUUAGAGCAGGUUUGACUGUACUUCAUUACCUGGUACAAAUGUAUAUGGCUUUUAUUGUAGUAAACACUUUCUUAGAUCCAUGUGUAUUUGAAAUAUGAAAUGUAGCAAGAUAUAUCGAGCCUUUUAGAUUGCGCUACAUCCUUGCCAAGCUUAUAUUCCCUCAAUGUAACGGGAAUUCUAUUUUGUACCACCCAGCAUUAGUAGAGCUCUACAUUUACAUUAUACGCCCUACGCUGGAAUUUGUUGUCAAAUGUAGUGGUUUUAAAAAGGACCAGAUCAUUUUCAAAAUUCAAGUCUCCUGUACUAGUCUAUGUUUGCUGUGUUUUGUGUAAAUUAGAUGUUUAUACAUGCAAACUGCAGUGGUGAAUUUGUUCAGCACAGAGCAACAUAGCUGACUGUCCCAAAAAGAAUUAAUAUCCAAGAUUCCCAAAAGACUUGCUUCUUUUAAGAUAAAAUUCAUGUUCUAAUUAAAAAAUAACAGUGAAUAACUUUGUUGCCCUUUUCCAUUAUUGACGGGAAGCAAAUACUGAAUAGCAUUACAACUAAAUUUUCAUGGUAUGUAUGUAUGGUUAAAUUUUGAAAAUCAUUUCAAAAGUAACUUUCAUAAUUAUAUUAAAGUGCAGCAUACCCAAACAAGAAGAGUCACUUAUGUAGGGACUUGCAGCUUAUGCUUGUAACAUUUCAUUGAAUUAUUGAACAAUGAUAUAUACGGUGUCUCUACACUGUAAAUGGCAUUGCGGGUAAAAUAAUUUAAUCAGUGAUUACUGGUAGGUUUGUAAAGUUGUCUAUCAAUUUGUGUUUUGUGAAGAUUUCUUCUCAGAUUGUUGACUUUUAUCUUAUAAAUCAUGUAUAAAUAUUUUUGUUGGAAUAAAAAUCAAAUUAAAUAG